GUCAUGUUUGAUAGUGGUAUGAACUUUUGUCUAUUGAAUUUGAUCUUUUCAUGAUCAUAUCCUUAGUUUCUUUUUUAAAUUUAAGGUGUAGCGAGUGGAACUGAAUUUUGUGGUCCUGAAUCUGCACCAAUCACUGAUCCUUCAUUUUGGGUUUUUAACAUCUGGGAUCCAGGACUUUCAUCUUCAACAACAACAACUACUACUCCACCGACAACUAGAACAGUUACAACAAGACCUGUGUCAACUACUUCGGUUAAUGCUCUAUUAACAACAACGGGUAUUGUGGCUACAACUACAUAUUCUCCUUCUACGACAACUAGCACUAGUUCAACUUCUACUUCAUCAACUACAACAACAACGGGUACAACUACAACAACUACGACAACAGGACCAAGUGUUGAUAUCAUGUAUCCUAAAGACCUGGAAAAAGCAUGUCAACAACCAGUGAUAAUUAUGAAUGUUGUUUCCAUGUUUGCUAUGAUUUCUAUGCAAGCUAUAGGAAUGUUUGUUGCUUUUUCAAAAUUUGCUACUAUGUUUAAUCCAUCAAAAGUUCAAGCACAAUUGAGAUACGCACAACGAAUAAAAAAACUUAAUCGACAUUGA